AAUAGGCACGUCAAAGAAAUUCACAAACAGUAAAGGAACGGAUUUGUUUAUAAAUGGCCGUGGCGCUUGUGUUGUUCUGUUGUGACUGUUGUAUUUUGUUUGAAAAAACGUCGUCUUGACGACAGGUAUAGUGACUUUUAUGAAUUACAGUGUCGAUUUUAAUAUGAAUUUAUUAAAUAAUGGAUGAACCCCAAAAAGAUUUAUCGCAGUCAACUGAAAUCAAGAAUGUCCUUCCGGAUGUCGUUCAUUCACAGCAAAUCCACACAGUAGAUAACGUGGUAGAGACCGAUACGAACCCUGAAACGAUUGUGGUGCAAGAUGAACAAGAGCGACAUACACAAGAAUAUGAAGAUCCAAGUGGAACAGAGUCGAUAUCAGAACAUAUACCAUUUAAAGUGGAAUAUUCAGUCACGGAGUCGGAAUCCGGUCAGUCAGAAUCUCAACACACAUUACCUGAUGUUGAAACAAAAAAUGAAUGCAUAUUAAAAAAUGAUUCCCUUAGUAUUCCUGUAUCACAACAAGAGAGCGCUAGCCCUAAUCAACAAGAAAUAAGUCAACAUAGUUCAUGGAAUCUAGAUAUUAACCAGUCAGAUGUUCAUAUAAGUGAAGAAAGUCCAGUGAUACUUGCUCUGUCAUCUGACACAUCCAAGGAUGUACAAAAAAGUAAAUCCCUUUCAUCAGACAAACAUGAAACACCUGAGGAUUCACCGAGAAGUGAAUAUGAAGAUUCUUUAAAUGAAAAUUUGAGCAACAAAUCAAGUGAAAAGCAGGAAGAUGAGAAUUCAGAAGAAAAAUUGAAUUUAUCUAAUGAGAAUGAAGCAGUUUCUCUGGGACAGUGCAGUUCUGGAUCAGAAGAAAUAAUAAAACUUGAUAUUAGAGGGCAAGCAGCGCCAAGGUACCCGUUACAGUCUGCUAAAAUAAUUUUUGGACCACCACCCGAUGGCAGUACAAUUAUUGGUCCGAACUUGGAACCAUUGCCUGUUUUCAAAAGUUUGUUGUCGCCGUGUCUUGUUGUUGCAAGUGAUGGAGUCAAAGUCGAGGAAGUAUUUGAUAAUAAACCGCCAUCACCAAAGAAGGAAAUAGAAACUUCCUUGACACCGUCCGCGGGCUCAGCGAGUGACAAAAUUGAACAAGAUGUUUUAGUUGAAGAAUUGACUGUUGAAGAUGAGACAAAAGAGAAAAUCAAAGACGGCACGGGUACAGCACCUAAAUCUUUUGUACCAGAAGACACUAUGUCUUUUAGUACCCUAAGCACUGACUACAAAACAAUAUGUGAAGAGUAUCACACAAAGCUUGUGCACUUGGAAGAGGCUAUAACACAGCGUGACCAAUUAAUCGAAGAACUAACGGUCUCAUUACAGCGAUCAGUUCGCGAACGAGACGACCUCAGACACGAAAAUGAGCACCUCACUAUCGAAGUACAAAACUUACAACACAUUACAGCCGAGCGCUCGCAUUCAGACCACGACACCAUCAAGGCUCAGUUAUCCGACUUUAUGAAAUACCAGAGCAUGCUGAAAGAUGACAGUACAAAAUUUUACUCAGCACUCAUGAGCGGGACCGCGUCGCUUCAAAGUUCAAAUGGCGAAAAAGAUAUGGACAGGGAGGAAAUAUUGGUAAACUAUUCGAAAUCGGACUUGAGAUCUUCUGGAUCGUCAGAAGACUUUCAAACGGGCUUCGAGAAUAAAUUGACGUUGUUGUUAAAUAAGUUCGAGGAGUAUAUAGAAGACAAUUUGAGAAAUAAGUUAAGGGAGAGUAUUAUUAAGGUGCUAUGCGACGAAAUCGGUAAAAUGAGGGUAGAAUAUGAUACUGAUAUUAAGGAAAUGGAGACGCAAAUGAAGCAGGACAAACAGUUUUAUACGGUGGAAACCAGGAAACUGAGGGAGCUCCUGUCCUCGGUAAAAGCUGGUAGUGUAGAUAUAGACGAAUUGAGGCAGGAGCUGAACGUCAAACACGAGAAGGAAAUGGAGAAUCUCAGGACGUAUUUCGAGAAGAAAUGUUCCGAUUUGGGACGCAGCUAUUCGGAGAAGGUGUGGCUCGAGCGCGUGUGCGCGUCCGCGGGCUCGCCGGAGCCGGGCGCGGAGCCCGACCCCGCGGCCGGGGACGCGCGCCGCGCCCGCUCGGCCGACCCCGCCCUGCCGCCCGAGGCGACAUUUAUAGACAACACGUUGAAACAAGCGAACAAGCAGUUGGAACAACAGUUGGAAGAUAUCAAAGCCGAACACAUCGCAUACAUAAAUGAGCUUCAAGCGAGACAUAAAGAAACCAUCGCGUCACUUGAAGAACAGAUAACUGAACUAAAAGCACACAUACAGACAGUAGCGAAUACGGAGACAGUAGAGCCGCUGUACCAGCAGGACAUCGACUCAGAGUUGGAGAAGACGGCGCGAGACGAGCGCGUGCGACGCGAGCUGCUGACCGAGCUGCAGGAACAGCUGCAGGUGUUGCUGUCGGACCCCGACGCGGAGCUGUCGAGCUGGCCGCUGGAGUUCGUGGCGCUGCGGGAGCGCAUCCACGCUGACAGACCUGCGGAUAAUGAGUGUUCGGGCGUCCGAGACGAGUCGUCACUCGGCGAGGCGGACAAAUGGAGACAGAGGCGAAACAACAGCUUCGAUCAGAAUAGACAACUAGAAGAGGUCACUAAAGAGAGGUGAGUUAUCUAACAGCCUCUCUUGUACCUAGGGGAAUUUCUUAACAAGUUGUAAGAAGGUGAAUAGGAAUUUAAAUGAAUUUUUUUACGGUACUACUCAAAUAAAAAGCGUUUUUAAAUUAAAGAAAUGUUCUAUGAUA